AUGAUUUCGCUCAAGGUGUGGAAGGGACUUGCAAUGUGGAACAGCCUGACAAACAUGGUGACAGACAGUAUCCUUGCUGUUUGGCCCAUGCCCAUCGUCCUCAGGAUGAAGGUGUCGACAUUUAAGAAGAUCUCACUCGUCGUCGCACUGAGCCUGGGUUGGUUGGCGGUCGUGUGUGGAGCGAUCAAGACUUGGGCCAUGUGGAACUACUUCGAUGCCACGGACAAGUAUUACAAGGACACGUACUUUUUCUGGAGCUUCAUGGAGAUGAGCGUGGGGACUAUCGCGGCAUCGGUGCCGUUGCUGCAACCUCUGGUGUACAGGAUCCGCCGCUCCUCCUCUUCCAAGGGCGACAGUGGACAAGUUGUCCUGAUGCCGGUGCCUGCGGCUCUGCCAGCGACAGUGCCACAAGCGCGCAUUCGACGACCUGUCAUAACAUGGACAGGCAUGGGCUUUACUGAGGAUGAGGAAGCCAAGUAUGAUUUCCCACUGCGAAGCGGAUCGAGUACGCGGAUGGAUAUGGAAAGAUCGGAUAGCGGAACGAUAUUUGUAGGAUAUGAAGGAUCGAAAGGGUUCGAGAUCAGAGCGAGAGCGACUGUAUAG